ACGAAGAUAUCGUUGCGCUUCUCUCAUAAGGAACAUGUACACUGUAUCGAAAGGACCUAGCAAGAUCGUCGCGAAGACACGAAGAGGAAUCAGUCAGAACCUUGAGAGGCUGGAGACGUUGCGCGAUUUAACGAGAAAAGCCGAUCCCGACGAUGACCACGAGACCACCCGCCACGUACCGAAGCCAGUCUUUCACAUCAAUGGAAAGUCUAAAUUCAGUUCGCAGAGGCAUCAAGUGCAGGAGAUCAUAACACCUCAACACGAGGAACUUAUUAAAUUUGUUUACGAAUCAUGGAAUCAAGUCAAUACGCGGCAGAGAAGUGAAUCCUCCGAUGGUUCGGAUUGUUCAGAAUCUUCCAGGCCGAGCUCGAUAGUGUAUUACAAUGACGGCGAGCCGAACGAUACCCUUCAAGACUUUAAACCAUUUGAUUUGGAAUCGUGGUGGGGCAAAAGAUUAUUUAACAAUAUAACAAAGUCGCUUUGAAAAAUGAACAGUUAAAAGUUUCGGGAGAGUAUAUCUUGAAGUAGUACAGAGUAUCGAACAGUGCUAGCGAGGUCGGCCUGUUUUAAACAUGUUGGAAGAAUCGUGUAGAACGAAACCAGAGGUUCGAAGUUAAUUUGAUAGACAUCACGGAUCAGUGGAUUUAAAAACUAUUAUAUGUAUAAUGUUAUUUGUUACGAUCGAAUCGUUUACGUUUUCCGAGGGAGGAGUGAUAAAUCGUACAGCUUUAAAAGUUGAAUCUGUCUCAAAGAUAUUUUACAUUAAAAUUUAGUUAUUUUAAAUGUCACGAAACUGUGUUUCUGCGAUUGUUUUAAAAGAAUCCGUACUGACAAUAAUUUGCAUGAACAGAUGAAUAUGCCUUUUCGUCGAUGCAACACGGGGUGUGCGACGCAGCGCGUAUAUUGUAUAUUCUUUUUAGAAAUGUGUCUCCGAGCGUUUCGAAUCGUGUAAAGGUGUACAGAAAUUUCGUUCGUACACGAAAGGCGAUCGAGAUCCAGAUGAACCGGUUAAAGGAAGGCGAAUCAAUGUGAUACACAGCACGUUCGCUAUUUCUGUUUAUAGAUUUUUAAACUAAUGCAGGUGGAGAUGUAAUUCAUGAAUACAUACCAGAUAGCGUUAAGCGUACACACAAAUCCCUGCGCGGUAUGAAUGCAGCGUGGAAAUAAAUGAAUUUUUAAUCAUAGUAUGAUGUAAAUAAUUACAUGCAUUGUCUGCGUGGAUGCAUGGAUACACUGCUGAUAUAUUGUUAUGACAAACCGUGUCGAAAUACUUUUAUGUAAGCAAACUUUAGUAUAAAUUUGUAGACUGA